UCCUUCUCAUCUGUCUGUUUUUUUUCUCAUAAUAUGUUUCUCCUGCUUUAUUUGCAUUUUCCAUGCCUCUUAUUUCAUCUCUCUAGAGAGCCACAGCUGAAUUUCUAGCUUUGCUCUCAUUUCGUGCAACCUUUACGCAUUCACAUCUCAGCGUCUUUUUUUUCAAUUUUCCUAUUUUAUCCAAGUUCAACCUCUGUUGCAUGUUGGAACGUCAUCGUCCACGUUUAGGCUGGAUUCUCAACUCUAAACUGGAACCAUGUUCUAUUUCCAGCUGGUGAUCAUGGCAGGAACGGUUCUCCUGGCGUACUACUUCGAGUAUACGGACACGUUCCCUGUGCACAUUCAAGGAUUCUUCUGCUUUGAUAAAGCCUUUUCCAAGCCGUAUCCAGGACCUGAAGAUGACAGCAAAGCUUCUCCUGUGUUGGUGUAUUCGUUGGUCACUGCUAUUCCCACGAUUACAAUACUGUUGGGUGAGCUGACAUCUUUCUUCACUAAACCCGAGGCGAUGCAGGAGAAGACAAUUGUUACAGCUGACUGCUGCUAUUUCAACCCGUUACUAAGGCGCAUUGUCCGUUUCCUUGGCGUGUACUCCUUUGGUCUUUUCACCACCACUAUCUUUGCUAACGCUGGACAGGUGGUGACAGGAAACCAGACACCUCACUUCCUGUCCACUUGCCGGCCAAAUUACACUGCACUGGGAUGCCAUUCACCCCUGCAGUACAUAACGGAGCGGCGGGCGUGCACCGGUAACCCUUACCUUAUCACCACCGCCCGCAAAUCCUUCCCCUCGAAGGACGCAGCGUUGAGUAUGUACUCGGCUGUCUACACCGUGAUGUAUGUAACUCUGGUGUGGCGGACAAAAGGCACGAGGCUGGCCAAACCCACUCUGUGUCUGACUCUCAUCUCAUUGGCUGUACUGGUGGGCAUUGUGCGUGUAGCUGAGUACCGUAAUCACUGGUCUGAUGUUCUGGCUGGAUAUCUCACCGGGGGAUCCAUUGCAGCAUUUCUGGUCACAUGUGUGAUCAAUAACUUCCAGCAGACGCAGCCUCCGCUCCCACCCAUGCCUCCACCCGUGCAACCUUCGCGUCCAGAUCCCCCACUCAACAUGCCCAUGGUUGCCAUGCCCUGCGUCGAAAGUCCACUCGAAAACAGGUUCCAGGAGUUUUGUACACAGGCAUCACAUGACCAUCAGCCAUACCUGGUCCCCGCCCCUCCCGAUGUGCUCAUCCACUCACGUCGCUCCAUCUCCAGCGCAGUCUAGACACGCCGUCCGAAUAUACCACCCGUUCCCGCCCUAGACCCUCUCUCAUAAGAUCAUACUCAACUCAGGUCUAGAGCUUCACCAUACUCACCUCUGCUGCCCCCUAAUGGAUGACAGAGACAAUGACAGCAAUAUCAUUCAUUGUGGUUUGCCUGAAUCCUCUUGGUUUGUCCUUAGUGUAGACUGUUUUUUUAUGAAAGCUGACGAUAAUCGUCCACGUAUUUAAUUUUGCAUUAACAUUAAUAAUUAAGACAUUCUGUGUCCAUUCCAAAAAAACUCUCUUUCUUUAACAGCCAUAGGGGAACUGAAUAUCAACUGUGACAUUUAAAACAAUUCACUAGCUUACAAUGUUGAAAAUAUGACAAAAAUAAUAAUAUGGGGUCUAUUUUUGAAAUGUAGAGAUAUUGGAAGAAUGUAGCAAACUAUUAGUAAAUGUAUUUGAAAGGGAACCGAUAGAUCGUUUUAUAGUUUAGCACUAUUUUUAUGACAACAGGUUAUGGUUAAGGAUAACAUGAAAAGAUGUUGAAUUACUCCAAGAGUCUAGGUUGUAUACAGAGAUCAUUUUCAAAACUAUUAUACAUAGUAAAGAGGAUUUCAGCGCGAUUAGCUGGAAUUUAAAAGUGAUACAUAUGUAAAGGAUGUAGCAAAUGUUAUAUAUUUUAUGUUGUGUAUAUAAUGUGAAUGUUUUUCAUUUUUAAUUUAUAUAGCUAAUUUAUUAUUUACAUAUUAUAAUUGAUUCGCUGACACAAUGGAUUGAUAUAAUAAUCCAGAAGACAGAUACACUCUUAGAACGGAUACAUUGUUCCAGAAUACACACAUUUUGUGUUACUUUUAACACAUUUUGUGUUUUAUUUGAUCACAAAUGGCACAUAAUUUGUUAAAAGCAUAACACAAAAAAAUGUGUAAAAAAUUAACACAUUCUUUCUUAGACUGUAGACAUUGCAAGAUAUUACCUUAGGUUUCAACCUAAGGUUUAAAGUCCAUGUAAAGUUAUUUCAGAGAAUUGGGAGUCAAAAGGGGGUUGCACACAGAGGGAAAAGCGCCGCAAUUUAAGAGCGAGCUUAAGGGCUCAUUAUAGUUGUCGUAGGUCAUACGACUAAAGCCCGAUUUAUAGUCGUGCGUAACUUUUACGUCGUAGCUACAGCGUAGGCUAUUUGUAGCUAUGGCGUAGGCUAUUCGUAGCCUGUGAGUAGCUCUGCGUAGCCUUAGGUGCACCUCGCAAAAAUUUUAACAGCGCGUCAGUUCUACGCGGACUGCAAGCGCUGUGAUUGGUUCACCAAAACCCCUCCCGUCAGGUAAAAAAACUGUGUCAAAGGUAUUUCCGUUUGUGACGGUGAAAACAAAGAUAAGCCAAGUCGCUGUUUAUUUACUUCCAUCAUUGCUGGUCUUCUUUAAUCAUACACAACAAGUUGGUGUUUCUUCUUCGUUUGUGGGUUAACUUCUUCUUCUUUGACGGUCGCGCUGCUACUGUGGUUACACGCGUGGAUACUGCCUACCAGCAGUCGACGCGGACGAUGACGCAAAAGUAUAAAUGAAAACCGAUGCGGAACCUACGCCGUAGGACCUACGCACGACUAUAAUGAGCCCUUUAGCCUCCAUGCAGUAGACUCCAUUCUGAGUCGUCACCCACGUUGAUAUGCAAUUACACAUGCCGACCACUAGUAUGCAUUAUCCACGCCACAUGUAACAACAGUAUCAGUGUAAUGCUGCGUUUACACCAACCGUUUUUCAGGUGUCAAAAUCGCGUCUACUGCACCUAGUUCGCUGCAUAAACCGUUUGAAUGCAUUUGCGCGUCAAGAGCAAAGUAGACGCGCGGAAAAGCAAGCAUUUGAUGCGUGUCAGAGGCAAAAUCCGCUUCUUGUGGGAGGGGCAAGUGCUCUGCUUGUCUGUUUACAGGAUGGCUGAUGUUGAUUGUGCAUUUAUCGACAGAGUUACCGGUUUGUAUUUAGUCACCUUACUAUAGGGGGAAAUAAACGGUGCGGGUCGAUAAAUGUCACGUGACUCACAAGUGAAACGUGUAUUUACAACUUACCAGGUUGCCCGAUGUCCUAACUGACACUCUUCCAAGCGAGGUCCUUUUCAUUCCUGUCUCUAUAGAAAUAAGAUCUUGUGUCGUAUAGCUCCGGGUGACUGCUCAAAGACAAUAUCAAGCCUUCAUGCUGAAUGAGCUGCCGCCACAGCAGCAAGCAGGCUCCUGUUUGUUUAACCCGGCGCGAAAAUCCGUCAAAGUUCAAAUUUUCCAACUAGGGCGUCAAACGCAAAUUCACAUUAUACGCAAAAUGCACAAUUCGCGCGUUCCGCGCAUGGCACUCAAUUUGCGCCAUUCGCGCUAACUAGACACGCAAAUUAGACAGAGACGCAUCUACCAUGCCCGCUACACAUGUCAACGCGUCUUCACAUUGACUUAACAUUGAAAUCACUCUCGCUUGCCGCCUCUACCGUGUCUGGUGUAAACGCAGAAUUACAGCCAAAAAAGUAAUAGCUUUGCCAGUAAUACCACCAACAAAGAAGAAUCUGGUUGUAUAUGAUUUGAGAGGACCAGCAGUGAAUAGACAGCGACUUUUGUUAAAGUUUGAGUUAAAUCACUCCUCAACAUGGCUUAUCUUUGUUCUUACUGUUAAAAGUGGAAAUGUCUAUGAAUAAAUGCAACGCAUAUGUUUUUUACCUGACGUGAUGCGUCCUAGUCAGACAUCGCCAGUGUGUGUACAUUCAUAGAAAAUAAUGUAUUUGAUUUUUACUGUAUGUUCACUGCCUGCAAGAGCAUCAUAAAAAAAAAUGCAAAGACGUAAGAUCCAAAGUUAUAAUCCCGCAAGUAAUCUAGUGCAAGGAACGCAAUGCUUUGCGUGUGGUGUGAACGCAGCAUUAGAUACAUGGCGCAGUGCUUCUUGCUCGGUGUGCGACCCCCUUAAUGGGUGUAGACACCCAAUGCAAAUUCAAAGAUUUGCUCGAGUAGAAAGUCAAUGCAACGACACGAAUAGACGUGAUGCAAGUAAUGCGAAUCGGACGGGGCAAUUGAUGCAAAAUCACAUGCUGUUCACCUCAAACGCGUCUUUGCGCAAGUUGAAAAUAUUGAACUCAUAACAUAAAGUUAAAUCCUGUGAGUAAUGUAGGGUGAGGGACGCGAUGCUUCAUGUUUGGUGUGUACGCAGCAUAACACAAAUCGCGAGCAUCCAACAAGUGGGCGUGGUUUCAGCGCAGACCCCCACCGGUAGAAAGCAGAGAAACCUUCCUGUUAAAUUUUGAUAACUUAUUUUAUUUAUUUGAUCAUUCAAAUUUGGCUGGGAGGUUAAUGUAACAUUUUUCUGUGAAAACACUUUACACGGACUUUAAUGUGAAUCUGUAUCACCAGCCAGACUCCAUUACUGACAACCUGAACUGUCUUAGUCUAGAUUUUGUAAAUAGCUUUCUUUUUCACAUUGACAAAAAUGAUAUUGUAUUAUAACAUAACUAAUUCUACCGCAUUUACCGGACUUACACGCGUUGAGUUACUAUAAGAGAUGGCACAGAGGGAAAUAUUCUGCGAAGACAUUUUGUCUAUAGAUGUUUUUGGCUUUUUUGUAAGCCGGCAUUUUCUACACAGUACAUCCACUGAGGGAAGAGAGCUGAAGCCUCUGUGUGUAACAUGGUGCUUGGAUGUGACUGUUCAGGUUUAGCUCCCUUUCAUUUUGUAAAAUGUUCAAUAUGAAAUGAUUCUUGCAGAUCAAACGAACUGUUAAUUAAACAUUUAAUUAAAAGAAAUGGCUUGAAAUAAUGAUUGAAUAUUGCCCCCUGCUGGUGCUUGAUAUGUGAAUUUUUUUAUAACAAAUACGAAUGUUUUAUAAAUGGCAGGAAGGAUAAAUUUAUGGCUCAACAUUUGCACACAGUUAUUUACCAAAGGCACUGUACCUUUCAUGUG